AUAAUAUUUGACGUCCAUUUGGAUAUAUUGUAAAUAACAUAGGUGAUUCUUUUGUAUUUUUAGCCUGAGAAAGAAUGUAAUGAAGAAUUCCAAAAUGUUGUUGUACAAAAUGGCUAAAUGGUUGUACCCCCAUUAAUGGUUCCACCUACAUUUUGUGAUGUGCAGUGAGGGAGGCAGAAGAAGCAAGAAGCAGCUCCAAUGGCGUCGGGAGUGAUGUUCAUAUUGAUACCGGCAGGCUUAGGUGUUGUGAGUUGUCUCUUCAUUCUAUUCUACGUUUCCUUCACUUCCAAUUUCUUUAUCCACUCCCACCAAAUCCAUCUCACAUUCAACUCUACCCUUAACAAUUCAUUUGUUGCAAAUCCAACUAUUCAGACACAUACGCAUGUGCAAUUCAAUGGAAACCAUGUGAAUGACAAUGACGUAUUCCAUGACAGAGAUGCCUUUGUGGAUAACUAUGAAGAAAUGAAUAGGAGCUUGAAGAUAUAUGUUUAUCCUCACCUAAAGGAUGAUCCCUUUUCCAAUUUACUCUUGGCUGUUGAUUUUGAGCCAAGUGGAAACUAUGCAAGUGAAAGUUACUUCAAGAAAGUUCUCAAGAUGAGCCAUUUUAUUACAAGGGAUCCUUCCAAUGCCGAUCUCUUCUUUCUACCUUUCUCAAUUGCACGAUUGCGACAUGAUCCACGAGUGGGGAUCAAUGGUAUUAAAGACUUCAUAAAAAGCUACAUCUUCAAUAUUAGUCAUGAGUACCCUUACUGGAACCUAACCAAUGGGGCUGACCAUUUCUAUGUUGCCUGUCAUUCUAUUGGUCGUUUUGCCAUGGAGAAAGUAGUUGAUGUUAAGAUCAACGCGAUCCAAGUUGUGUGUACUUCAAGUUAUUUCGUAUCAGCAUAUAUUCCACAUAAAGAUGCAUCAUUGCCACAGAUUUGGCCAAGGCCAGGUGGUAACCCAAAUUUUGCACCUUAUAAAAGGAAAAAGCUGGGAUUUUUUGCUGGAUCACUAAAUUCUCCUGUACGUGAAAAGCUUCUAAAGUGGUGGGGAAAUGACUCCGACAUCUUUGUGCACUUUGGUCGCCUCGAAAGAUCUUAUACUGAAGAAUUUCUUGGUAGCAAAUUCUGCCUUCAUGUGAAAGGCUAUGAAGUUAACACUGCUCGCAUUGUUGAUGCGAUGUUUUAUGGGUGUGUACCUGUGAUCAUUGCCAACCAUUAUGAUCUUCCAUUUGCAGACAUAUUAGAUUGGAAACAUUUUUCAGUCAUUGUUACCACACUAGAUAUCCCUUUAUUGAAGAAAAUCCUUCAAGGCAUAACUCAGCAAGAGUAUUUAGUAUUGCAAAGCAAUGUUCUUAAGGUAAGAGAACACUUCCAGUGGCAUGUUUCCCCAAUUCAUUUUGAUGCCUUUUAUAUGGUUAUGUAUGAGUUGUGGCUAAGGAGAAGUUCUUUAAGGCUUCAAUGAACGUUUUACCAGAUAAUGUCUCCAUUCUGAUAGUAAUCCCAUUUUCCGUAGGGGUCCCAAUAACCCUUUUUAA